CAAGGUGGCACUCAAUCAGACAAAUGAGGAAGAAGCCGAGAGGUAUUUGCGGCUGUGGCGACAGCAAAGCAGGGCUUCUUCAUGAUCUUUUUCAUUGAACUAACUCAAAGUUAGCCAGUAGCAUUGACACUUGCAAUACAAAGCUGCAUCACCAUGAUGGUACGAUUUUGGGCUCUUUGUCUGCUCUCGGCAGCUCCAACGUUGGCCUUUGUGGCCCCACGAGGAAAUAAUUUCUUUCACAAUGAUGUAGCCCUGAGAAUGGCCGCCGAAAAAACCUUGGUGGUAAUUUCCCCACCCGGUGGAGUGGGUGAAGUGACAGCGGUCAAGGCGGCCACCAUGGGAAGUGCCGUCCGAUGGUUUGUCGUAUCCCAAACGGGAAAUCCCAAUGUGGUCCUGUCGCAAUCGGCAUUGGACGAAAUUGCCAGUGCCGGUGGCAGUGUCGAAUUGGCAGGAGCCGAUGCCGAAAGUUUGCUCCUCCCAGAAGAAGACCCAAAAUCGGCCGUGGCAGCUGUAUCGACAUGGUGUGGACAAGCCAAUGGCAUGGCGUGUACAUUUGAUGGUAUACAGGCGGCCAAAGCCAUGGAAAACUCAAAGGAAGAUCCCACGCAAGUCUGGAAAAAUGCCAUCAAGUUGGCGGCCAAACAGGUGGCACCAGCUGUCAGUGGUGCCAAAGUGGCCAUUUUGUCCGCUUUGGAUCAAGAUAUUGAAACUGAACAACCACAAGAAGAAAAGGGUGGUCUUGGUAGUUUGGUGGGAUCCCUCGUGGGAGGAGGUGGUGUUUCUUUACCGGCCACACUUACACAGGCCAUGGCAGCGGAUGCUUCCAAAUUGGCCAUUUUGCGUCAUGGAGAACUCUUUGGGACGCCCGAAUCAUCCCCCGAUUUCUCACCCUUGGUGGGAGGACCCCAACGAAACCCCGAAUUCUGUGAGGAAUACAUGACUCGAUCCGUACGCAUCGAUCCAACUCUCACCGUCACGGGAAAUGUCAUGAUGGGCAAGAACACGCGCUCUUCGCGACAUUCCGUGGGAGAAGCUGCAGCUCGGAUCUUGCUGGACAAGGUAUCGGCCACUGGUCUCGAUUUGUGUCUCUCUUCGCAAAUGGGGAGCGAUCUCGUGGGAGAAGAAACCUGGCAAGAAGAGUUUCAACGAUCGGCCAAAAUGCUCGAGUCGGGCGCCGGGGCGCAGUUGUUUUCGGCAUCCUUUUCGUCGGUUCCCGAUACAGAGCGUCUGGCGGACUGGUUGGCCACCAAGUGGGCUCCAGCCGUGUUGCGUACCUAUGAUAUUGCUGCCAUUCGGACGGGAGCGCGACCUGUCAUUGCCAAGCGUGCCGGUGAUGGCAAGGUGGAGAUUGUCUGGCAAGAACUGGUGGACUUCAACAGUGUCACGGUUGGGAAAAUGAUCGUUGAGGUAUCCGGCUCUGGCUUGGUGGCGACACGAGGACCCGGAGACGCAGCGGCGGGCUUUGGUGCCAUUAGCUCCAAGCCACUCAAUGGAGAAAAUGUGUUGGUGAUGCGACUUGCAGAAGCUGCAUCGCAGGCGAUUGACAAGGGGCUUGCCAAGAAGGUAGCCAAGAAGCAAGCACCCAAGAAGGAACCAGUCAAGGAGCCCGUGGCUGCCGCCCCAGUUGCGACGACAAUUGCAGCUUCCGGCACGGUUGAUACACCACCAGCAGCGCCAAGGACAGAUUCGGGUCCACGACAGGCUGGUGCACGACGUUCCAAGGAACGGGCUCGUGGAAGCAAGAGGAGAAAACCUUCUGCCUCCAAAAAGGAAGAUAGCUAAGCGAAUCGGUUCAAAUGGUAGCAUUGAAUCAAUCGAAUCAAUUGAAAGUAGCUCUACACCAGCUAUGAUGCUCUGGUAU